GAUAACACGCGCGAUUUCAUGUUUUCAUCCAACUUUGACAACGGGAUUCGAAUGAUUUGAUAUUUCGAAUUAUUUUUCCAGUAAUUUUUGCGUUGGUGUAGCAUUAUCCGGCUGUCCCUUAGGGUGACGUGCUAAAGACAUGGGAUUUUCAUUGUGGACUCUGCUCGAGGCUUCGCUAUUGUGUCUGAACGCCAUAUGCAUCCUGAACGAAGACAGAGUUCUGGCCAAGUACGGCUGGUCCACAGUGAACCGAGAGUUUGAGGAUAUCCCAACCACGAAAACACAGAUAUUAUCACUUAUGAAGUCUAUCCGUACAGUCGUUAAAUAUCCUCUCAUAAUUUUCAACCUGCUGAUCAUACUUGUCAAGAGUCUUACAGGAUAAUAAAAAAAUUCAAUUGGUUUACAAUGAAAUUAUGUUUUUUAUAUUUCGUGUAACUUGUUAUUUGUAAGGAUAAUAUUUUAAAUACAAUACUUAUUUAUAUUUAUAUUUAUAUGUUAUACAAUGUGCGUAUCAAAGCAUUUACCAUCUUUCCAUGAA